CCGCCUCCCUUCCCGCGUCACCAGGCAACAAAACGUUUUCCUGCAGGGCUCGUUGUGCCCCGCCCUCUUCAGCGCGUCUCCUGGCAACACUGCGGGAGCACCGGUCACGUGACAUCUGUGUAGUGCAGCGGAGGAGAUCUUCAAUGGAUAGCGAGAUUCAGAAGGACGGUCGGAUUUUAGAUUUAGUUGAUGACUCCUGGAAGGAAAAUAAAUUACCGUAUGAAGAUGUGACAGUUCCACUGAAUGAACUUCCAGAGCCUGAACAUGAUAACGGCGGGGCGGUGGAGUCUGUUAAAGAGCAAGAAAUGAAAUGGGCGGAUCUGGCUUUGCAGUACCUGCAUGAAAACAUCCCUGUGUCAGGGAACUAAAUGCAUCUGGCUUGCU